CCGGUUCCGGUUGCUGCUGCCGCUGGCGGGCGGUGAGUCUGGAGCGAGCGCGCAGUUCGGGCCCCGGCUGGGCGCCUGUCCUUGGCCGCACUUUGGGGUUGCUGCAGCUCGGGGGCCUGUGCUGCCCCUGAUUCCCUUUCCGGGCGAUGGUGCAGCCCGAGGGCGCCUCCAUCCUCCGCCGCCGCUGACCCUGGUCCCCACUCCAUGGCCGCCUCGGCGCCGCCCCCACCGGACAAGCUGGAGGGAGGUGGCGGCCCCGCACCGCCCCCUGCGCCGCCCAGCACCGGGAGGAAGCAGGGAAAGGCCGGUCUGCAAAUGAAGAGUCCAGAAAAGAAGCGAAGAAAGUCAAAUACUCAGGGCCCUGCAUACUCACAUCUGACGGAGUUUGCACCACCCCCAACACCCAUGGUGGAUCACCUGGUUGCAUCCAACCCUUUUGAGGAUGACUUCGGAGCCCCUAAGGUGGGGGGCACAGCCCCUCCAUUCCUUGGCAGUCCUGUGCCCUUUGGAGGCUUUCGCGUACAGGGGGGCAUGGCAGGCCAGGUACCCCCAGGCUAUGGCGCUGGGGGUGGAGGAGGUCCCCAGCCACUUCGUCGACAGCCCCCACCAUUCCCUCCCAACCCUAUGGGCCCUGCUUUCAACAUGCCCCCCCAGGGCCCUGGCUACCCACCCCCAGGCAACAUGAACUUUCCCAGCCAACCCUUCAAUCAGCCUCUGGGUCAAAAUUUUAGUCCUCCUGGUGGGCAGAUGAUGCCAGGACCAGUGGGGGGAUUUGGCCCCAUGAUCUCACCCACCAUGGGACAGCCUCCCAGAGGGGAUCUGGGCCCCCCUUCCCUUCCCCAACGAUUUGCCCAGCCAGGGGCUCCUUUCGGCCCCUCUCCUCUCCAGAGACCUGGUCAGGGGCUCCCCAGCCUGCCCCCUAACACAAGUCCCUUCCCUGGUCCGGACCCCAGCUUUCCUGGCCCUGGCGGUGAGGAUGGGGGGAAGCCUUUGAACCCACCUGCUCCCACUGCUUUUCCCCCGGAGCCCCACUCAGGCUCCCCAGCUGCUGCUGUUAAUGGGAACCAGCCCAGUUUCCCCCCGAACAGCAGUGGUCGGGGUGGGGGCACUCCGGAUGCCAACAGCCUGGCAGCACCUGGCAAGGCAGGUGGGGGCUCAGGGCCCCAGCCUCCUCCAGGCUUGGUGUACCCAUGUGGUGCCUGUCGGAGUGAGGUGAACGACGACCAGGAUGCCAUUCUCUGUGAGGCCUCCUGCCAGAAGUGGUUCCACCGUGAAUGCACGGGCAUGACUGAGAGUGCCUAUGGGCUGCUGACCACUGAGGCCUCUGCUGUCUGGGCCUGCGAUCUCUGCCUGAAGACCAAGGAGAUCCAGUCUGUCUACAUUCGAGAGGGCAUGGGGCAGCUAGUGGCUGCUAACGACGGUUGACAUUGGCAAGGUGGCCCAGGGAAGUGCACACAUCCCUCCUUGCUCUUCUAGGGUGAUUGUUUCCAUGUCUGGCUCUUGGUCCUUGUUUCUACUGGCUUCCCAUCCCCACGGGGCAGAAACACAAUGGCUUCUGGGGGCAGAAAAGGAAUUGAGGUGAGCAGGCAGAAGAGCCUGGAUCGCUCACCUUUUGGGAAACUUACGUGGUGAGAUCUACAGAGAUCCAGGAAACCAAAGCCCUGCUGAGCAGAGCCAUUUUUUGUGGCUGUUUCUGGAGGCCUAGGAGUAUGGCUGCAAGAGAAAGGGGGCUGGAGGAAGAUUCUGAAGGCAGGGGUGUCCCCUCUGUAGAUGACGGAUGCCCCUAACACCUGUGCCUAAUACCCCUAACCUAGCCCCACAGCUCCAGCCUUAGUUUUUGGAGUCAAGUGUUAAAGGUUUCUGGCCAGAGGAGUUGAGGUCUCUUCCCAUCCCUGCAAUAGCCCUUUUUAUGGGUUCUGGGAGACAGCUUUAGGGAAUAAAUGGGGAUUUUCCCCUCUUUCUACUCUCCUUUGCCUCCUUCAAGACCUACCUAACUCCUCCCCCCUCAGAGAACCAAAUAGCUUGAAGAAGCAGGAGAGUUCCUGGCUAUUAAUGGCAGUUUCUUGGUGAUUUGGGGCUUUGAGACAGUGGGUAAGAGACGCUGUCAAGGACAUACCUUCCUCAUACCAAAGUCACUGGUCCUUUCUCAGCCUCUCUUGUGCUUUUCUCCUAAUGACCAUAUUUUUGCCAAAAAUUGGGAUCGUGGUCUGAUAGACCAGAAUAUUUGAAGUUUGGGCUGUUCUGGAAGUCUGGACUUUGCUGGUACACCUCCCCCCACCCCUCAUCCAUCUGUUGCACAUUAUACUCAGUGCUGUUUUUCAACUUUCAGUGCCCUUGUUCGUCUGCCUUCCUGGCUUGAUUGAAGGAAAGCUUGAAAAGGCACAGAGCCCUUAUACCUCAUUUCCUCUCCUGAUAAAAGGAUCCAAAUGAGGCCCUGUCACAGUCUUGUGGGUAGGGGGAUGCGGGGGCAUCCUCAUCGCCAUGGUACUGAAACAUAAAAGAGCCUGGAGUUUUUUUGCUUCUCUCUUUCCUUGCUAUUCUUUUAUGUCACCUCGGGCCUGGUGAUCUAGCAGUUCUCAUUCCUCUCAGCCAAAGCCCUGCACUGGGCUUGAUUUGUAUUUUUUAAAUUUUUUAAGCACUGCCUACCAGAGAUGGGCCUGGGGCCUGAAAAGGAGCCCCUGGCAGCUGCUGGCUUGGCAGCUCAUGUACACAUUCCUCGGUGGGGUGGGGAAGCCAGGCAUGAGCUGUGGCCCUCUUCAGAGAAGUCAGUGGUCCCUCAGCGUGAGGAAUGGUGGCAAAGACCUACCCUCUGUGGCCCCCUAGCCCCUCUUCUCUCAGUUCCCUGUCUUGCGGAGAGAAUAUACUGCCCUGGUAGAGCCAGCAGCCUUUGAGGCUGUAAGAAAAUCUGGGCGUCUCUCUUCCAGUGUUGCCCACACUAAAACAGCAUAGAUGUCAACCCCCUACUGCUCAACUUUGUGUUGUGUUUGUGGUUCUGUUUGCCCCUUUUAUCUGUUGCUAUUUUUUGUGUUGUCUCCCUCCUACGCAUUCUGUAAAAUGGCUCCUGGGGGAGUGUCUUUGCUCAGUCAAUUCCCUCUUGCUCCACAACUUUUUGGAAGAAAGUGGUGGAAGAGAUGGCUUUUUGUACGGUUGGAUUAAUAAAAUGACUGAAAAACCC